CUUACUGCAACCUACAACCUUCUGAAUCUGCUUAGUGUAUUCAUCAUCUACAGGUGUCUCAUCACCAUAGGGUCAAACAUCUGCUAGCUGUAUAAAUUUAACAACUGGAUCAACGAUGAGUGUGUUACCAGUAGAGGGAGGUGAAGUGUAUCCACCACCGAUGCUUCCCAAGAGGAGGAGCAAUAAUGUGUCAGCUGCAGGCAUUACAAGAUUUGAGAAACAAAAACUUGUCUACACCUGGACGGUUUCGGGUGUAAAGAACUGGCUCGAAGACACGAACGAUAUCGCGUCCACUUCUUUCCGUCACCCAAAUUCGAGCGAGUGGUGUGCGGUACUGUCGAAGAAAGACAAAGAGCUAUGUCUGUGUUUCUGGUUGAAAGCAAGCAAGGAACCUGUGAAAGCAAACCUGAAAGCAGCACUUUCUCUAGGCGGAGGCGAGAAACGCGAAGUGUAUCCACCACUGUGCUGUACCCUUGCAGGGGGUGAGAAAUCGCCGCCGAAGUCUGUCGGUGAGGCUUUUCCGGCCAUCGACGAUUACAAGAACGUUGGUGACAGUCUGAUAUUCGAGUGCGAAGUGGAGAUUGUGUGCGUCGUGUGGCACGAUUUCCCAAGCCUUUCCGCUCCCGAGACGCAGCCCGUCCUCGCUAGAGACUUCGCCAACUUGUUGGAGUCCCAGGACUUUGCGGACUUCAUUCUGCGCGCCGGAGGCGUCAGGAUCGAGGCGCACAAAGCCGUGCUGUCGGCCCGCAGCCCCGUCUUUGCCAGGAUGUUGCAGCAGAACACGAAGGAAGCGCAAGAAAACUAUGUCAACAUCGAGGGCCUGGAACCCGAAGUGGUGGCCGAGGCACUGCGCUACAUGUAUUCGGGCCACGCCCUGGCCCUGCGCGAUAUGGCCCAGGGCUUGCUGGUGUUUGCCGACCGCUACGACCUGCGUGAGCUGAAGAACCAAUGCGAGGUGGAACUGGCUAGGCGCCUCACCGUAGACAACGCCGUCACUUACGCCACCUUGGCCGUCGCCAACUCGUGUUACGUCUUACAGAAGGCGUCUGUCGACUUCAUAAGGCGGCAUUUAUGGGAGGUGAUGGGCACUACAGCGUGGAAUGAGGCCAUUCACAGCGAUCCUGCCUCUCUCGAGAAGAUCAGUCAGCUUAUCGCAAUGCGGUUGUAA